UAAUAACCGAGCUAUAAAGGCCUCCCAACGGGAGUCCGUGCAAAAGCAUCCGGAGCUGAUUGAAGGAAGAAGGAGUUCCCGUCAGAUCUCACAGUUCAGCAGAACAAUGACCCCCGCUCUCCUCUCGGCAGCCCUGCUGCUGCUGCUGCUGCUUCCUGCAGCUCCCGCUCAAGAUUCCAAUCAGACUCCCAUCAGUAUCCGAGUGAUAAACUCUGUGACAAACACUCCCAACAUGACGUACCCCACCUACGUGGUCUUCAGGGGGAUCUUACUGGGAGCGAUGAAGAGACUACGGGACUCUGGUCCAGGCUUCAGGUUCAAAUACACCGAGGACCCAAACUACGGGCCGUUCCUGACCAGCGUGAACGGCGUGACCGGCAGUCCCAAGAAGCGCACCUACUGGGAGCUGCUGGUCAAGAAGGCGGGAGGCCAGAUCGUCAGGCCGGAUGUGGGUAUCGGAUGUUACAUUCCGAUGGCAAACGAGGAGAUCAUCCUGAACUUCAACAAGUACUGAAGGAAUCUGCCCCUCAGUCCAUGAACGAAUCAGCUGAAAGCCGUCUGUUGGGUUCCUGAGGGCCUCACAAGAAGGAAGAAGCUACGCGGAAACACAUGCCUCUUCUUUGUCUCACUUACUGAUUAUCAUUUCCUGCUUGGUGACCAGAUACUUCCUCAUUAGGAUGGAUUUCUGUUAUUUUGGGUGUCAGUACUAUGAAUAAAAAUCACCUCCUUCACAGCA